AUGAGAAUAUCAUUUAGAGGCGUUUGCAUCGUCAAUGACAUGCUCUACAAUGCCAUAAAUGUGUUUUUACUGUUUAUUUUUAAAAUCAUCAAUAAUGAGUUUUGUCUUUUGAGUAAUGUAAUACCUAGGAUUAAUCAUAAUAUGGGCAAAACAAGAUAUAAUAUGAGGGGUUGCCAGCUGUCAGGGGCGGACACAAGACCCAAUUCUACUCUUUCUGCAACUAAUUCCCAACGGAAAAAACACUCUUUCUAUCGUCAACUUAAUUUUCCCGGAGAGCAUGAGUUCGCGGGAGUUAUUUAUGAUGCCUCGGAAUCGGGAGGGAUAUAUGGGGCAAAGGCAACUCUAAACCUGUGGAAUCCAUCGGUCAAGACGGGGGUCGGAAUCAGAGAGUAUAGUGCCACUCAGAUUAAAAUCAAAUCAGGAACAGCUAAUGCUUUUGAUGUUAUUGAAGCUGGAUGGCAUGUCUACCCAUGGUACCAUCGUGCACAUCGGCGCGGUAACGAAGAAGAUGAUAAAACAAGAUUCUUUAUUUCUUGGACCAAUGAUUCGUAUCAAAGAGCAUGCUACAAUAUGGAUUGUGGUGGAUUUGUGAUGGAAAGAAAUGAUGUAUUGGGACGUGCACUUGAGCCAACAUCAUCAUAUAACGGUGAACAAAAAGAGAUCGUUGUUGAAAUAUGGAAGGAUAUCCAGUUAGGACGAUGGCGAUUGAAGUAUAAUGAUAUAAUGGUGGGUUAUUGGCCAGAACAUUUGUUUACUCACUUGAGAACACAUGGCACCGAGGUGGAAUGGGGUGGUGAGGUGUUCAACAACAAACACAACAACAUAUUCACAUCAACACAAAUGGGUUCCGGCCGUUCUGCAGAAGAGGGAUAUGGAAAAGCAAGUUAUUUCAAGAACCAAAGAGUUAAAACUUCAAGUAGUAGUGGACAUAACUGGAUUUCACCCCCAACAGUUAGAGGGGAAGUGAGUAGCUCCGACUACUACACCAUCUUUGCAGACGCUGACAUUGAUGGCUCUGGCGAUGACGGAUUCUUUUAUGGAGGUCCAGGCAACACCAACUAA